AAAUUUUAUAGGUUUGACUUUAGGGUAGACCCAACUUAUUCAUUUGAAAUUGAUCGACGUUUGCAGUUUGAGUAAGAAAUCCAUCCAUUGCAUAACGCAAUCUACAAAGGAGAAGCAUAGGGCCAUCGAAAAUCCAUUGUCCAAUCUAACAAAUAGAGCUUCUGAUUCCAAAUUGUGAAGAACAUAAAUGCUUUAGCUGUGAGCACAUAUUUCUUGCUACAGAAGGACACACAUGAGCAGGACAUACUACAAAUUGCCACUUGUGUGGAUCAAAUUACAAAAGACAGGCUUGAAUGUUGAAGUAGAUAGAAUAUUAGAGAUUGCUUGUGUCAUUACUGAUGGGAAAUUGAGGAAACUGGUAGAGGGUCCUGAUUUGGUAAUCCAUCAAACAAAAGAUUUUCUGGAUGAAGUUGGAGAACGGUGCCAAGAUCGUCAUGUGCGUAAUGGGUUGUCUGAGAAGGAGACACAAAGUACAACCAGUGAAAAAGAAGCUGAAGAGCUGGUUAUAGAUUUUGUUAAGGGACAUGUCGGCGCAUAUACGCCUUCGCUUGCAGGAAAUUCAGUUUAUGUUGAUUUUAUGUUCUUAAAGAAGUACAUGCCCGAUCUGGCUAGCCUUUUCUCUCACGUUCUCGUUGAUGUCAGUAGCGUCAAAGCUUUAUGUUGCCAUUGGUUCCCAGAAGAUGAUAAAAAGGCUCUUAAAAGUGAGAAGCGGCAUGGAGCCGUACUGGAUGAGAUCAAAGAAAGCAUAACGGAGCUCAAAUAUUACAAGGAACAUGCAUUCAGAUCACCAAAGUCUAAGAGAAUUUUCCACAUGGUUCAUCAUGGUGUUGAAAACAGGUCAUGUUAUGGUUUUGUGCACCUCUAUUCACACGAAUUGAAAUGUAUUAAAAAUCUACAAUAUAAUGAGUCUUAUUCCUUAAAUAGUUAAACGUGGGACAAAAUGUAAGUUACCUAUGUUUUCAUUUUGCUAGUUGGGCCAGAUGAUCCCAUCUCUUGCCACUUGGGCCUUGGAAUGUAUUUCAUUUGGGCUUUUUUUGUUA